UGCCCAUGUUGGGGCUGAGACCCGAAGACGCGGUGUUGACAGCCCAACGAAAGUGAACCCCCGGGACCAUUCAAAAGUCGAGUCCCGCGUCUCUUGUGGAAUCUUGGAGACUGCUCCUCACCACCAAACUCAGCUCAACCAGGACUCCAGCACCCGCCGCCACCAUGUCGGCCCCUUAUGUCGUCGGGGAGGCGUCCCCGUUCCUCAAGCGAGUGCUCAUCCCCUUCUGGAUCGUCCGCAUUCUCCUCAUGAUCCUCCUAAUCGGCCUGUACCUCUUCGUCAUUGUCGGGCUCCACGCCUUCAAAGACGAUAUCCACAAACUCGAAGUUCAGUACAAUACCCACCUCGACUACAAAGCGGUUUAUAUCGUCUCGUCCGUCAUCAUUGCGCUUGUUUCCUUCUCUUUAUUAGGCGAUGUCGUUUGUAUCGUCAAACGGGCGCGCCGCACGCUGUCGCCGCCGUUUUUUCUCUGGGUCAAUGUGAUCCAGUCCACGUUCUUCGUGGCGUACAUAAUACUCAGCUUCGUCGGGCCCCGUAACGGGGCUAUAUCCAUCGCCAUCGGUGUCGUCGUCCUCCUCUCCUUCCUCGGCUUGCUCAUCUACGCGGGCGUCGUCUACCACCAGUACCGCACGGGCGCCCUCGGCUACCAGCGCACGAGCGACCCGGAGACGCGCAACCUCGUCCCCAAGCAGCUCCACCCGCAGCCGUACGCCCACAACUACCCCCGGACGGACUACUACGACCAGCACGCCGCGGCCGAGACGCAGGCAUACAGCGGCCAAGGCUACGCGGCCGAGAAGAAGGAGCACCCGCUGACGGAGGAGCGCGAGGUGCACGACGGUCAGCGCUGAGGAGGGGAUGUGGUGGUGUCACGGUGCUGAGGCGGAGGUUUGGCUUGAAUUGGUGCGUGGCUAGCUAUUAGUAUGGCUGUUUGGGACAUGAAAUGGAUCUUUGGCGUUGGCCCAGGUUGUGGUCAAGGGAACAAUGUAGUGUCUUCAUGACCCCCGAAAAAAGGCAGCUGUGCAGAUACUUGGGGCCCUCCGUUCGUACAAGCGGCUUCAUCAUAACGAGUCUACGCUAUAACCACUAUCUGUUCGGUUUAAUUCACAAACCUCAGCAUUAAUCAUGAGUUGUCGUGAGACGCAACCACACAGUGUGGUG